CCGGCGGGCGGGGGGGAGGCCCCUCGGGCAAGGCCGCGGCGGCGCAGCUGCCUCAGAGGCGCGGGACCGACGGGCGGGCGACGGCCGGACGCGACGGGCCGGGUCGGGCCGGAGGAGGGACCGUCGUCGUCGUCGCCGCCGCGGGCGUGAGGUGGACGCGGCGCUCCGAUGGCCGAUAACAGUAAAGCCGAAGAUGCCCCCCCUUCGGAGCCCAUGGACGUGUCCAGAUGUGCGGGCGACAAAGACAAGCUGGCCGACCAGGUGAUGCAGAACCCGCAGGCCCUGGCGGCCCUGCAGGAGCGGCUGGACGGCACCGCCCACACGCCUUCCAGCUACAUCGAGACUUUGCCCAGAGCAGUGAAGAGGAGAAUCGACGCCCUGAAGCAGCUGCAGGUGAAGUGCGCCCACAUCGAGGCCCGGUUCUACGAGGAGGUGCACGACCUGGAGCGGAAGUACGCCGCCUUCUACCAGCCGCUCUUCGACAAGAGGCGGGACUUCGUCACCGGUGACGUGGAGCCCACGGAUGCGGAGUCGGAGUGGCACAGCGAGGGCGAGGAGGAGGAGAAGCUAGCCGGUCAACUGAAGAGCUCCGUCGUCAUCACGGACCAGGAGCCCCCGGCGGAAGAGCCCAACCCCAAGGGCAUCCCCGAGUUCUGGUUUACCAUCUUCAGAAACGUGGACAUGCUGAGCGAACUGGUGCAGGAAUACGACGAGCCCAUCCUGAAGCACCUGCAGGACAUCAAAGUCAAGUUCUCAGAGCCCGGGCAGCCCAUGGCCUUCAUGCUCGAGUUCCACUUCGAAGCCAACGACUACUUCACCAACUCCGUCCUGACGAAGACGUACAAGAUGAAGUCGGAGCCGGACACGACGGACCCCUUCUCCUUCGAAGGGCCCGAGAUCGUCGACUGCGAAGGGUGCGCCAUCGAGUGGAAGCGGGGGAAGAACGUGACCGUCAAGACCAUCAAGAAGAAGCAGAAGCACAAGGGCCGCGGCACCGUCCGCACGGUCACCAAGCAGGUGCCGAGCGACUCGUUCUUCAACUUCUUCAGCCCCAUCAGAGCGUCCGGGGACGGCGAGGCGCUGGACGAAGAUUCGGAGUUCACGCUGGCCACGGACUUUGAGAUCGGCCACUUCUUCCGCGAGCGGGUGGUCCCGAGGGCCGUGCUCUACUUCACCGGGGAGGCCAUAGAGGACGACGAGAACUUCGAAGAAGGCGAGGAAGGGGAAGAAGAGGAGUUGGAGGGGGAACGAGGAGGGCGAGGAAGAGGAGGAGGCGAGAACGACCCCAAGAAGGCAACCAGCCCGCAGAGUGCAAACACCAGUGAGAACCCCUGCGGGCGGCCCGGGGCCCCAAGCCCCCGGAACCCGGGCCCGCCGCCCCCGCCGCGCUGACGACUAACUGGUUCCCCCUGCAUGGUUUUUACUCGCCCCGCUCCCCGCACCGCCCCCCCCCCGACCGGCGCGUCCUUCCUCUCGGCCCCGUCGGCUUCGCUUGUACGGCGGGGGCGGCGUGAGGUUUCAAUAAAGCACACUCCGCCUUCCGGGGG